GACUCCACCACAGUCAGUGCGCCAGCUGCGCAAGCUGCGCCGCCGGAGUUCGGGGACACGGGCACUUCCACCACGCCAGCUGAACAUGAAGACCUUUUCGGCGAUGGCUCUUUGAUCUCAUUUGGUAUUCCAUUAGAGGAUCGACAAGCAAAACGUUUUACGAUCCGCGUCUUUGUGCUGGCAGUGUCCAUUGCGAGCUUUUCCCUCAUCCACUUUAUUGUGAAUUUGUUGACGGGAAGCUACAGCGAUGGCGGCCAAGUCGGUUCAACAAACGAAGUUUGGUCCUCUCUCUCUGGACUUCUCAUCGAGCUUAGCAUUCCGGCUUCAGGAUACAUGGGAGCUUUGUAUCACAACCGACAGCUCACGUGCUGCUUCUGCAGUUGCAACCUCUUCCUGGCCGUGCUUUCGAUCGCGUCCUUCACACGUCUUGUGAUCCGGCUAUUUGAAGUGAACGGGAACUGUGACUUGGAGUCCGACGACAGCCAACGAGCGCUCUGCGAGAUGUGGCUGGACAACGGAGUUGACAAGUAUGUCUUUCUGGUGAAUCUCAUGUGCAGCUCCACCUUGUCGUGUUGCGCCUUCUGGGCUGGCAACAUGCUUUUUCAGAAGCUCUCGCCUGAGCCUCCCAAUUUCGAUGAUCGGCCAAUCGUCGGGGAGGUCGUGCAGCUCUCUACCGCGAUUCCGAACUUGAUGAGCGUGGGCAGCUCGGGCUCGACCACGCCGGGUGGACAGGUGAUGACGUUGUACACCGUCGACCGCAGCUCUCGGUCCCGUUCCCGCUCGGAAAGCGAUCUUCAGAUCCGGCCGAGUCCGAGUGGCCCCAGUCAAAGAACGAGUCCCACGAGCAGUCCAGUUUGA